AGAGAGGAACCAUGUGCCUGGUAGACAUGUUGUUUACCUCCAGCAGUUGAAACAUGAUGAUAUGAUGCCAUCACAACAACGUUGAUGUUCUCGUGGAAAAAAAGAAGGAAUUUAAUGUAGGACUUGUUGUUCAUUAAGAUAUCAUCAUGGCUGCAGGCCCCAUAGCAGAGCGUAACCAAGAUGCAACAAUAUAUGUUGGUGGUUUGGAUGACAAAGUGUCAGAAGGGCUUCUUUGGGAACUGUUUGUCCAAGCUGGACCUGUAGUAAACGUCCACAUGCCCAAGGAUCGUGUUACCCAGCAGCAUCAGGGUUAUGGCUUUGUUGAAUUUAUGGGUGAAGAAGAUGCUGACUAUGCUAUUAAAAUUAUGAAUAUGAUAAAGCUGUUUGGCAAACCCAUAAGAGUCAAUAAGGCAUCUGCCCAUCAGAAGAACUUGGAUGUUGGUGCAAAUAUAUUCAUUGGCAAUUUGGAUCCAGAGGUGGAUGAGAAGCUUCUUUAUGAUACCUUCUCUGCUUUUGGAGUCAUUCUACAAACACCAAAGAUUAUGAGAGAUCCAGACACGGGCAACUCAAAAGGUUAUGCGUUUAUAAAUUUUGCUUCCUUUGAAGCAUCUGAUGCUGCCAUUGAAGCAAUGAAUGGGCAGUACCUAUGUAAUCGGUCAAUUAGUAUAUCUUAUGCCUUCAAGAAGGACAGUAAAGGAGAACGGCAUGGUACAGCAGCUGAGCGUUUGCUUGCAGCUCAAAACCCAUUAUCACAAGCUGAUAAACCUCACCAGUUGUUUGCUGAUGCUCCCCCACCACCAACACAAUCUGCCCCUCCUCCUCCUGCACCACCACCCCCUCCAUCAAGUGGAAUGGCACCAAAUGCACCCCCUGGCAUGUCUGUGCCACCACCUGGCAUGCUAGUCCCACCUCCACCUCCAGUACCACCACCACCUGGUACUACUUCCUCUAUUCCUCCUCUUCCUAAUGCUCCACCCACAAGUUCUGUACCCCCACCACCUGGAUCUGCUCCUCCUCUUCCUCCCAUGCCUCCACCACCAUCAAAACCUCCUCUUCCUGGUCAGCCUCCUCUUCCUCCUUCUGGUCCCCCAGGGCCUCCUGUUCCAGGUGGGCCUCCAACUACAAGCUCAGGACAGAUGCCGCCAUAUGGGCAUUAUCCACCCCGCCCUGGUAUGCCUCCACCUCCUUGGCAAGGUGGGCCUGGCAUGCCACCACCACCUGGUAUGCCUCCACCACGACCUGGUCCUCCAGGAAUGCCUCCCCCACCAGGAAUGAGGCCACCGCCUCCAGGAUGGAGACCUCCACAUCCAGGUGGCCCCCCUGGAAGGCCUCCAUUUGGGAGACCCCCUUAUCCUCCAAGAGGUCCUCCUGGGCCACCACCAAUGCCAGGAAUGGGACCACAUAUGCGGGGUGGGCCUCCAUUGCCUCCAGGCCCUCCUCCAUCUGGAGGACCUAUGCCUCCUGGUCCUCCACCCCGAGGAAUGAGGCCUCCACCUCCUGGGGUACCAGUUUCCAGUGGUCAGAGUGGCCCCCCUCCCCCAGGAAUGGCGCCACCUCCACCACCACCACCUCGUCCACCAUUGCCACCCCCUCCUCCAGGUGGAGAGAAGUAGUUACUAGGAUCACUCUCAAGAGGUUUAACAUGGUCAAAUUUCCAUGCAUUAUUCUUAAUAUAUAGUACACAUGAGUGGACUUGGAAUUAGUAUACUGUAAUUAAAUUGCUUACUAUAAUGGUCCAUACAUUUUUAAUAAAUACAAUUCAAAAAAUGUUGUUUCUUUGCCAAGUAUAUUGGAGAGUUGUGAAAUCCUUGAACAUUAUACAGAAUUAAUUUCAUGUACAGUAUUACAUGUUAAAUCAAUGAAGAAAUUUUUAGUAUGAACUAUAAAUCUGGAUUUGGAAGUUGCUGGAAUGCAAUCCUCCUAAUAUAAUUCUUGACUAUUAACAUAGUUUGACCUCCAAACUAUGCGGGAAGUAUCCAGAAAUAUAUGCAACGAGAGACUGGAGGGAGUGUGGAGGAAGCAAAUGUGUUCAGAUAUUUGGGAGUGGACUUGGUGGAUGGUUAUAUGAAAUGAACCAUAGCACUGAUGGAAGGAAAAAGGUGGAUGGUGCACUGAGGAAUUUGUGGAGACAAAGAACUUCAUCCAUGAAGGCAAAAAGGGGAAUGUACUAUAGUAUAGUGUUACGAACACUUAAGGAUGUGAAAUGUGGGUUUUGAAUGUAUCAUGGGGAAGUGGAACAGAAUUCUUCCUCCAUAAGCCGUGCGUGUCGUAAGAGGCGACUAAAAUGCCGGGAGCAAGGGGCUAGUAACCCCUUCUGUAUAUAUUACUAAAUGUAAAAGGAGAAACUUGUUUUUCCUUUUGGGCCACCCCGCCUCGGUGGGAUAUGGCUGGUGUGUUGAAAGAAAGAAGCAAGGAGGCUAGAGGUAGUGAAGAUACGUCUGAUGAGAGCAGUGUGUGUGGUGUAAAUAUAUGCAGAGAAUUCAGUUUGGAGAUUAGGAGGUGGUGUGGAGUUACCAAAGUAUUAUUCAGAUGGGUGAGGAAGGGGAUGGGUUGAAGUGGUUUGGACAUUUAGAGAGGAUGGAAAAAAAUAGGAAGACAUAGAGAGUGUGAAGACAUAGAGUGGAGUGGAGGGGCUGGGGUUGUCCUAGGAGAGGUUAGAGGGAGAAGGGCUUGGAUAUCCAACAGACUUGUGUGAAAGUAUUAGAUAUGGACGAGUACAGGCAAGUUUUUUUGAAUAAUCUGAUGUGCUGUUGGAGUGGGAGUAAGGUAACAUUUGUAAAAGGACUCAAGAAAACCAGUUAGCUGACCUCUAGUCUUUCAGGUCUGUAUAGCCCUUGUGGCUUAGUGCUUCUUUUUUAUUAUAAUAAUAAUAAUAAUAGUCUUUCAGGUGGGAAGGAGUGGGGAUGUUGCAGUUUGGAAGAUUAUCUGAACUGUAAUGCCACUAUUCUUUUGGUAAGACAAUGAACGAGUGCCUGUGAGUGUGCUGCUUUUUUGGGUAAAAGCAGGGGGGGGAUAUAGUGUUGGAGUGGUUGGUAUUUUUGUUUAAUAAAUGUAUGAAAGAGGGGAAGGUACCUAGACAUUGACAGAGAGCAUGUAUAGUUCCUUUAUAUAAAGGGAAGGGGAUAAAAGAGAUUGUAAAAAUUAUAGAGGAAUAAAUUUAGUGAGUAUACCAGGAAAAGUGUACAGUAGGGUUAUUGAAAGAAUUAGAAGUAACACAGAAUGUAGGAUUGCGGAUGAGCAAGGAGGCAUUAGAGUGGGUAGGGGAUGUGUAGAUCAAGUCUUUACAUUGAAGUAUAUAUGUGAACAGUAUUUAGAUAAAGGUAGGGAAGUUUUCAUUGCAUUUAUGGAUUUGGAAAAGGCAUAUGAUAGAGUGGAUAGGGGAGCAAUGUGGCAGAUGUUGCAAGUAGUAUAUGGAAUAGGUAGUAAGUUACUAAAUGCUGUAAAGAGUUUUUAUGAGGAUAGUCCCCUCAAGGAAGGUUCCUUGAUGUUGGUGAGGGGCUCUUGAUUAAGGGAAUUGGAUCUGUGCUCCAGUUCCCCGAAUUAAGCCUGAAUGCCUUCCACAUCCCCCCCAGGCGCUGUAUAAUCCUCCGGGUUUAGCGCUUCCCCCUUGAUUAUAAUAAUAAUAUGAGGAUAGUGAGGCUCAGAGUGUGUAGAAGAGAGGGAGACUACUUCCUGGUAAAAGUAGGUCUUAGACAGGGAUGUGUAAUGUCACCAUGGUUGUUUAAUAUAUAUUAUAGAUGGCUUGUAAAAGAAGUAAAUGCUAGGGUGUUCGGGAGAGGGGUGGGAUUAAAUUAUGGGGAAUCCAAUACAAAACGGGAAUUGACACAGUUACUUUUUGCUGAUGAUACUGUGCUUAUGGGAGAUUCUAAAGAAAAGUUACAAAGGUUAGUAGAUGAGUUUGGGAGAGUGUGUAAAGGUAGAAAGUUGAAAUUGAACAUAGAAAAGAGUAAGGUGAUGAGAGUAUCAAGUGAUUUUAAGAAAAAUUGGAUAUCAAAUUGGAGAGAGGGAGUAUGGAAGAGGUGAAUGUUUUCGGAUACGUAUUUGGGAGUUGAUGUGUCAGCGGAUGGAUUUAUGAAGGAUAAGGUUAACCAUAGAAUUGAUGAAGGAAAGAAAGGUGAGUGGUGCAUUGAGGUAUAUGUGAAGACAAAAAACGUUAUCUAUGGAGGCAAAGAAGGGAAUGUAUGAAAGUAUAGUGGUACCAUCACUCUUACAUGGGUGUGAAGCUUGGGUUGUAAAUGCUGCAGCGAGGAGACGGUUGGAGGUGGUGGAUAUGUCCUGACUAAGGGCAAUGUGUGGUGUAAAUAUUAUGCAGAAAUUUCGUAGUGUGGAAAUUAGGAGAAGGUGUGGAGUUAAUAAAAGUAUUAGUCAGAGGAGUGAAGAGGGAUUGUUGAGGUGGUUUGGUCACUUAGAGAGAAUGGAUCAGAGUAUAAUGACAUGGAGAGCAUAUAAAUCUGUAGGGGAAGGAAGGCGGGGUAGGGGGUCGUCUGCGAAAAGGUUGGGGGGAGGGGAUAAAGGAGGUUUUGUGGGCUGCUCUGCAAACGAAUUUUGUUUAAUGGCAGUUUUGUUUAAUGGCUUAUAACUUUAAAUUUUAGUUUAGAUGUAUGUAAAGUUCUCCAUGGGGAAGUGGAAUGGAAUUCUUCCGUAAACCAUUUGUGUUGUAAGAGGCGACUAAAAUACCAGGAGCAAGGGGCUAGUAACCCCUUCUGAAUACAUUACCAAAUUUAAAAGAAGAAACUUUUUCUUUUUAGGUCACCCUGCCUAGGUGGAAUAUGGUCGGUUUGAUAAAAAAAAAAAGUGUGAAGUCAAAUUUUAGAGUAAUCAACUUCAAAGUUUA